GCGCUUUUGUAUUGUCGUCUGUCCUGUUGUCGAGAGUGGAGCUAAGAAAUGUUUUAAGACAAGUGAAAUCGAAAGUUUUUUUUAUAUUAUUUGUGGAAAAAGGUGCAAAAAAAAGUUGGCUUGUGGAAUCAAAGAAGAUUCCUCAUUUUUUUAACCUUAUUUGUUUUUAAAAGAAAAAGUUUGCAUACAUGUUUGGAAAUAUGAGGGAAAGGGAGGACUUUCCUCGUAAUUUUCCACCAUAUCAACCGAUUCCAGGGUGUUCACCGAGGGCCUUAGGCCUAGACGCCUUACACAGUUUUUGUAAAGAAAUUUAUCCUAACCAAGGAAAUCCUCUCACUGUGACAGCUAUUGUUAAAUACUGGCUGGGUGGUCCAGACCCUCUUGACUACAUCAGCAUGUACGAGAAUCCUGGUUGUCCAGAAAUUGGAGUUCCACCUCAUUGGCAUUAUGUUAGUUUUGGUUUAUCGGAUCUUCAUGGUGAUGGGAGAUUACAUCCAAAAUCGGGUCCAGGUCGUCCAAGUGGAUUUGGUUUUGAAUUGACUUUUCGAUUAGUGCGAGAACGAGGUGAAACGACACCACCAACAUGGCCUGCGAAUGUAAUGCAACAAUUAGCAAAAUACGUUUUUAAUUCUAGUAAUAUGUUAUUGCCAGGCGAUCAUGUUUCUUGGCAUGCAGCACUUGAUAAUGGAAAUGGUCGUAUUACACAAAUUUUAAUGGGUAAAGAUCCCCAGUUACCUUCGUCAGCCGCCACUCCUUAUGGAGAAGUCUCAUUUGUGCAAAUUAUCGGCGUGACAUCCGAAGAAUUGCAGGCAGCACAACAUUGGAAUGGACUGGGUGUCGUUAAUCUUUUAAAAGCUUCAAGUGGAUGCGGACCUUGGCUCUUGACUGAUAUGAGAAGAAUUCACUCGAUAAUGGACGAGGAUCCAUCGGCAGCGGUUAAAAUUCAAAAUGGCAUCGAGAGAGAAGGAUCAAAUCUCAGUGGCGUAUCAGCGAAAUGUUGGUGGGUGCAAAUGUCCGGUGAUAAGAGCAGGGAAAGAUAUCGAGAAAUAAGAGAAGAUUCUGAUGAUGAUAACGAUGAUGAAGAUAUAAAGCCAAUUGUAAAAGCUGAGAGAUUAUCACCCUCGGAAUCGGAUGGACACACAACAGAAGAAAAUGGUGUCAAAAUACUUCCUGGUCUUCAUUUAACAUUUAAUUUGGAGGCUGGAAGUUUAUUACCAUUAGCAAUAAAAGGACGUGUAAUGCAUGGUCGACAUUUCACAUUUAAAUCAAUUUUAUCGCACGCUGCCGUUACAAUUGUUGCACCUUCUGUUACGGGAACAUUAGUUACAAAAGAAAAACCUUACGUGGUCCAGGGACCUUGGUUACAAGUUUUGUUGCCCGAAAAUUUGGCUGAAAGAAUGUCAUACGAAUUCCAAAUUUUAAAUGUGCCUUCGCAAGUACAGCUACCAAAAACGUUUUCUUGGCCGGAACAUAAUCUUGCCAUAACAAUAGUUAACGAUUAAAUGUCUACGAUUGCUAUUCAUCGAUCAUUCAUCAUUUGAAAAAAAUUCUACGUAAGUUUUUUUUCGUAACUUUCUCUUUUUAAGUGACUGAAUCUUCGAUUAUUUAACAGUUUUACCAGAAUGACCAUUAUAUAGAUAAAUCGAGAAAAAAAAACUAAUUCGAAAUCAUAAAUUUCGAAUUACUAGAUAGUUAAUUUCAUAAUACAAACAGAGUGAGUUUAAUUCAUCUUCGUGCAGCUAUGUUAGUUUUUUUCAUGUUAAUAUCAUAUCAAACAAUUUAGUUAACUUAUUAUUGAUUGCAAUCAAUUAGAACAACUAACAGUAAGAUAAUUCGCAUAAGUUUAACUUCGUUACGAAUCAAUUUUUCCAUUUUUUAUUAGUAUUUUUUUUUUUUAAUUAUUUUAUUGAUGAAAAUUCGAGAAAUUUUUAAAACGAAACUUUGAUUCGUAAUCGAAGUUAAUUAUUUAAUUCUGUAAAUAGUUAUUAAUAGAUCAAAAAGCAAACUACGUAUUUA